AUGGAGAUAAAGACAGUUGACUUGAUUAUACAGGCAAAGUGGAUUAUACCUGUUGUCCCACAAUAUACAGUGUAUAAGGAUCACAGUUUGGUAGUUCAUAAUGGAUUGAUAUUGGAUAUUGUUAGGACUAGCGAUGUUCCUCUCAAGUACUACGCCACAGAGAACAAGGUAUUGGACACAGCCGAUGCCACUGACUGCCACAUCCUCAUCCCCGGCCUGUUCAACAUGCAUGCUCACUCGGCCAUGGCACUGUUCCGUGCGUAUGCCGACGACGUCAGCCUGCAUGACUGGCUGACCAAGUUCAUCUGGCCCGCCGAGGCACAGUACGUCAACAGAGACUCGGUGAAGCUGGGCACCGAGCUGGCCUGUCUCGAGAUGCUCAAGACUGGCACAACAUACUUCAACGAGAUGUACUAUCAUCCAGAGUCUGCGCUCGAGGUCGUCGACAAGUGUGGCAUGCGCGCCACAGUCGCCGUCCCCAUCAUCAAGUUCCCAACAUCGUACGCGGCCACUGAAGCCGAGUACAUUGACAAGGGAGAAGUGUUGAUCGAGCAGUACAAGGGCCACGACAGGAUCAAGAUGUCGCUGGGCCCACACGCCGUCUACACCAUCACAGACGAAGCAUACCUCCGCGUCAAGAAGCUGUCUGAGCAGCACGGACUGGUCAUUCAUACACAUCUGCACGAGACACAUCGCGAGGUUGAGGACGAGGUUGUCGCCAGCGGCAUGCGUCCAAUCGACCGCCUCGAGCAACUGGGCGUGCUCUCAGACAAGCUGGUCGCCGUGCACAUGACACAUCUGACCCCACAAGAGAUCGAUCUGAUUGAGAAGCGCAAGGUGAACGUAGUGCACUGCCCCGAGUCCAAUCUAAAGCUUGGCGUAGCUGGCAUCUGUCCAGUGCACGCACUGGUAAACAAAGGAGUCAAUGUAUCGAUUGGCACUGACAGCGCAGCGAGCAACGACGAUCUGGACAUGCUGGGCGAGCUUCGAUGCGCAGCCUACGUCGACAAACUAUGCUUCAACAUCGCACUUCAAUCAAAUGGCGAGUCAACGGACAAGUCUGUCACAAAGGCCGCUCACAUACUGUCAAUGGCCACAAUCAAUGGAGCAAAGGCAUUGGGUGUCGACAAACAUUUGGGCAGUCUGGAACUUGGCAAGAAGGCGGAUAUCGUUGCGGUCAAGGCAACAAGCCAUCCAAUCUACGACCCAAUCUCACACCUUGUCUAUGUUGGCACCAACAAAAUUCAGGUCGUCCCAACGUCAAAGGACUUUGUCGACAUUGUCCUCUCAAAGACACAGAGAAAGACACCAACCGAGAUACAUAAGCAAUAUGCUAUUGGAAGAAUCCGUACCUUCUACAUGAGAAAAGUCAAGUACACUCAACAAUCCUACCACGACAAGCUCUCCCAGAUCAUUCAAGACUUCCCCCUCCUCGACGAUAUACAUCCAUUCUAUUCAGACUUGGUAAACGUACUUUAUGAUAAGGACCAUUACAAGCUGGCACUGGGACAGUUGAAUACGGCCAGAAACUUGAUUGACAACAUUGCAAAGGAUUACUUGAGAUUGCUCAAGUAUGGUGACUCGUUGUACCGUUGCAAGCAGCUGAAGCGUGCGGCACUCGGCCGUAUGUGCACUCUGAUGUUGAGACAGAACAGCAGUCUGCAGUACCUGGAGCAGGUGCGCCAGCAUCUUGCCCGUCUGCCCUCGAUCGACCCCAACACCCGCACCAUCCUGCUGUGCGGCUACCCCAACGUCGGCAAGUCAUCGUUCAUGAACAAGCUGACCCGCGCCAACGUCGACGUACAGCCCUACGCCUUCACGACCAAGUCGCUAUUUGUCGGUCACACCGACUACAAGUACGCUGUGUGGCAGGUGAUCGACACACCGGGUAUCCUGGACCACCCCCUCGAGGAGCGUAACACUAUUGAGAUGCAGUCCAUCACGGCCCUGGCGCACUUGCACUCGUGCGUGCUGUACAUCAUUGAUAUCUCUGAGCGAUGUGGCUACACCAUCAAGCAGCAGGUCGACCUGUUCUACUCGAUCAAGGCACUGUUCCUGAACAAGCCCCUGAUCGUCGUCGUCAACAAGAUCGACGUCAAGAAGCCUGAGGACGUCGCCCAGGAGGAUUGGGAGCUCAUCCAGAGUCUGGCUGAUCCCGCCACCGGAGGUAUCGGAGGCACCAAGAUUCUGCCCAUGUCCACACUCACAGAGGAGGGAGUUGCCAACGUCAAGGACGUCGCCUGCACCACCCUGCUCGAGGAGCGUGUCGAGAAGAAGCUCAAGUCAUCCAAGAUCCAGAAGGACAUCCAUCGUCUGCAUCUCGCCAUGCCCAAGCCACGUGACAACAAGGUGCGUCCAGCCAUCAUCCCACCAAGCGUGCUGGCCUUCCGUGAGGCCAUGCAGGACGCCGUCGAGGACGAGAAGAAGAUCAAGCUGACCUCAGCCCAGAUGGAGGUGCUGCAGGAGGAGGAGGACGACCUCAAGUUCCAGCAGGGUAUCCUGCCAAUGUUCGACAUCAACGAGUGGAAGCGCAAGUACCAGCUCAAGGACGACUCGUGGAAGUUCGACAUCAUUCCCGAGAUCAUGGACGGCCAAAACAUUGCCGACUUUAUCGACCCAGAGAUCCUCGAGAAGCUCGAGGAGCUGGAGCGUGAGGAGGAGGCCCUGUUGGAGGAGCUCAAGAACCAGAUGAACGACGAGGAGGAGUCUGAUAUUGACGAGGAGGACCAGGAGCUCUACGACGAGAUCCAGGAGAAGAAGUUCGCACUCCGCAUGGACCACGUGAUCAACGACUCGUCCAAGCCCAAGCUGCCAAAGAACGUGCUGGGACUCAACACCAAGGACAUGUCGAGGAACCUGCGCUCGAUGGGUGUGGACCGCGAGGAGGUCGACGACAUCAUCUCAGACGUGCGCUCAAAGUCGCGCUCCAAGUCGCGUGGCAGAAAGAGAGACCGCUCAGAGGAGCGCGAGGAGUCUGUCGAGCGCGGUGUAUCGCUCAACCGCUCGCAGUCCCGUUCGCGAUCCAGAACACCCGCGCCACUGCCCGGAGAAGGUUUCCGUGAUCUGGCUCACAAGCUCAUGGCUGAGAAGCUGAACGUCGAGGCCAGAAAGAAGAGAAACAGACUCGGUCUGAAAGGUGAGGCUGAUCACCACGUCUUUGAUGAGAUGCCCAAGCAUCUGUUUGCCGGCAAGAGAAAGGCCGGUAAGACAACAAGAAGAUAA